UACAGCUCUCAGAGGCUGGUGUGGGACUUGCAAGGAGCCCUGGCUCAGUACAAACAGCACAUGAUCAGAGUCAGGUGAUCCAUGGGAAGGAGAACAGCCCGGCAGAGGGGGAAGUACUGGGCUUCUACAGAGACUCACUCAGUGCCAUGCAGUGACAAUGAGCAUCCAUACAGCCCUGCUGCUCUGGGCUCUCUGCCUCCUAGCUUGUUCAGUCAGUAGCCAGCUCCUCACCACUCCGGUCCCGGCCAACUCCACUUGGGCGCCAUUGAUUGGGGCAAACUGCAGCUCCAUCAAUACAACGCAGUGCUCAGCCUGUCCGGCAGGAACGUACCCCAGCAAUGGCACUGAGGAAUGUUCUUGCUGUACAAGUGGCUCCUGUGUAAACUUCACCAGUUGCCUGCCCUGCCCCACAGGCUCCUACCAGCCCCAGAGUGGCCAGCAGUUAUGCCUCCCCUGCCCACAAGGAUUCUAUACUAAUGCCACCCACAGCUCCGAGUGCCAGUCGUGCCAGCCCGGACACUAUGCCAAUCAGACGGAUUCUGUAGUGUGUGCCCCAUGUGAGAAAGGGUUUUACGCCACUCGUGAGAAUGCCACUUCGUGUGAGCCGUGUCCCCGGGGGUCGUACUGCAACACCACCAGCUGCAUCACCUGCACCGUCUGCCCCAAUGGAGAGGAAGCCCUAACGCCCGGAUCCACAGAGUGUUCUCUUUGUCGGCCAGGUUCAUAUAAAGGGCCCGGUGACACCGCGUGUAAGUUCUGCCAUGAUGGUCAGUAUCAGUCCAAAUCGGGAGCAGCCAGCUGCGAUGUGUGUCCUGAAGAUCAUUAUUGUCCUAGCCCUGACAUUAACCCGAUUGAAUGCCCCGAGGAUGCUUUCUGCCCAGCGGGAAGCACGGAGCCCACAUACUGUAUGGAGACCUUCUUCCACAAAGCCGGAGACACGUGCAAAAUCGCGCCGUUCACUAUUAUUUUACUGGUGGUUUGUGCCGCGUGCCUGAUUAUCCUUAUCCUGUUUGCAGUCAGGAAGCAGAAAGUGAGCGCAGGAAGAGACAGAAGAGACGUGAGGAGGUGCAGCUCCAAGUCCCGGCUGCUGGAUUCCCAGAGGUCCCCUAGCUCUCUGUAUGGAGUCACCUAUGAUACGGAGCCGGUGUAUGCGGGGUGGUGACUCUCACAUUCUGCUUUAUACAAGCCUAUGAACUUGUUGGUUUUCCCUUUAAAGGGGAAGUGCAGUUUUGAAAACAUUGUUUUCCCUCCUCUCUCCCAGCAGCAGAACUGACCCAAAAGACUUUUCUGGCCUCUCCCAGCAGCAGCUUCCAAGGACAAGGAAAGUUGGAUUCACUAAUGGGGGGGCAGCAGUAUUUUAGGCACCUCCCAGUGAAUCCCCCCUGCAAGGUUCUGGAGCACACUGGGCCCCCCAGCAAGAAAAAUUUUCAGAGGGGCCCAGUGCACACAGAUACCUGGCUACCGCCCCCCUGCCCACUUGCUCGAAAAAUUUGCAGCAGGCACCCAUAACUUUAGAGCGGCUAUCAGACCCCACGGUCCAGCCCCACUUUUCUAGUUACCCCACUGGCACAGUACCCUUUCCUAGGUAUCCCUAGUGCAGGCUGGCACCCCCAUGGGCACGGUACCCUUUCCUAGGUAUCCCUAGUGCAGGCUGGCACCCCCAUGGGCACGGUACCCUUUCCUAGGUAUCCCUAGUGCAGGCUGGCACCCCCAUGGGCACGGUACCCUUUCCUAGGUAUCCCUAGUGCAGGCUGGCACCCCCAUGGGCACGGUACCCUUUCCUAGGUCCCCCUAGCGCUGGCUGGCAUCCCCAUGGGCACGGUACCCUUUCCUAGGUAUCCCUAGCGCAGGCUGGCACCCCCAUGGGCACGGUAUCCUUUCCUAGGUAUCCCUAGCGCUGGCUGGCACCCCCAUGGGCACGGUACCCUUUCCUAGGUAUCCCUAGCGCUGGCUGGCACCCCCAUGGGCACGGUACCCUUUCCUAGGUAUCCCUAGUGCUGUCACUUCCAUGGGCACAGUAAAGUGGAAUGGGAAUAUCUGACUACUGCCCAAGCAAGGUAUGUCUGGGUACCAUGGCAGUGCUCCCAGUGUUACUAAGGUCUGUUACAUAGUAACUGCUGCUGAGACAUGCCAGCACCUAAUGUAUGAGAAGCUACUGGGGGGAGCAUCAAGUCAUGGAAAGGACUAUUUGCCUGAGCUGUACAUAACUGGCUGCUAAUGUAGAAUUACACUAUUUGUUUUGGGCACUUUCUAUGACAGAGGGUCUCCUUUCUAAUAUAUAUGAUUUGUACAGCUGGAUUUAUGUGUUAUUUAAUGUGAUUGGAAGUUGUGCGGGCAGAGCUUGUCUGUAUGGGCAGGGUGGGUGGGAUAAUCAUGUUGGUCGCGCGCUUUCUAAAUGGGAAUGUAAAGCUGUGACGUUUCCAACCACAACGCAGAGUUCCGGGUUCUUUCCAGCCAUUAAAAUGGAUCUUGUUUUUUUCA